CAGGCCUCUAAUAUCGACUGUUCUUUAAUCUCUUGAGAGGCAAAUUGCACCCGCAGACGCAUCAGUUUCCUCACGAUGCGUUCCUUUGCAAUUCUCUCGGCGGCCCUUCCGCUGAUCGCGGCCAUUGAUCCUCCACGCUUCCCGCAUCAGCCUCUGGGCAACGGUACCAAGCGCCUCAGCUACAACAUCACCACAGAUGCCCCAGGCCCAUUGACCCCUCAGACCAGGGCUUUCAGCUGGGUGGGCACCGGCGCAGAUGGCGACUACAUCUACACGGCCGCUUCGGGAGACUUCCUUUUCGAAAACGUAGCGACUGGCGAAUCAAGAACCUUCCUCUCUGCCGACAAGGUCCCAGAGGACUACGAGGAGUUUUUCAUCUCCCCUGAUGCCAGCCACGUGCUGUGGGCUGUCAACUACACCAAGCAGUACCGUCAUUCCUAUUUUGCCGACUACUUGAUCCAGGAUGUCGCCACGGGAAAGACUACGCCAUUGGACCCAGAAUCCACUGGAAACAUCCAGUAUGCCGAAUGGAGCCCUUCGUCGUCUUCACAGAUCGCUUUUGUCAAGGGCAACGACCUCUACCUCUCGACCAACGGCACCAUUACCCAGAUUACCAAGAACGGUGGCCCUGAUUAUUUCAACGCAAUCCCUGACUGGGUCUAUGAGGAAGAGGUCUUCAGUGAACGCUACACGCUGUGGUUCUCCCCUGAUGGAGAAAAGAUUGCCUUUCUCAGUUUCAACGAGACCGGCGUCCGCACUUUCAGGAUCCCGUACUACAUCUCUGAAGAUGCCAAAAACAUCUCUACCUAUCCUCGCGAGCUAGAGCUGCGCUACCCAAAGGUCGGCUCCAAGAACCCUACCGUCGUCUUCAAUCUCCUCGAUGUCAAGUCUGCGACCGUCACCAACGUCCCAAUCGACGCCUUCCCCGAAGAUGACCUUGUUGUCGGCGAAGUCACAUGGCUCACCGACGCGCACAGCAAGGUCAUCUACCGCGCAUACAACCGUGUCCAAGACUUGGAGAAGCUGGUGGUAGUUGACGUCGAAGCUGGCUCCUCUUCCAUCACCCGUGAGCGGAACGCCACUGACGGCUGGCUCGAGAACCUCUUGCAGAUCAGUUACAUUGGACCUGUUUCCGCAUCCAACGCCUCUUACGGCAACUCGAGCACUGAGUACUACCUGGACAUCUCGGACGAGAGCGGCUGGGCUCAUUUGUACCUUUUCCCCGUUGACGGCGGCGACAAGAUUGCACUCACCUCUGGCGAGUGGGAAGUCAUUACUGUUUCAAAGAUUGACGCCAAGCGCGGCUUAGUAUACUACACCUCUACCGAGCACCAUAGCGCUGAAUCGCACAUCUAUUCAGUCAACUUCAAGACUGGUGAGAAAAAGGCGCUCGUUGACGACAGCGUUGCUGCGUUCUGGACCGGAACUUUCUCGUCUGGCGGCUCGUACUAUGUGCUGCGCUACGCGGGCCCUGAUGUGCCCUACCAGGAGCUAUAUUCCAUCAAUUCCACCACCCCGAUCCGCACAAUCGUCAACAACACAGCAGUCUACAAGAGGCUUCAAGAGUACGCUCUGCCCAAUAUUACUUACCUCGACUUGGAGCAUCCCUCGGGUUAUACUCUAGACGCCAUGCUCCGUCUGCCUCCCAACUUUGACCCCAGCAAGAAGUACCCGCUACUCUUGAUUCCCUACGGUGGACCCAACGCCAAAGAAGUGCACAAGGACUUCAACCCGCUCAACUGGAAGGCAUACAUUGCCUCUGACCCCGAGCUCGAGUACGUCACUUUGACCGUCGACGGCCGGGGUACUGGUCGCAAGGGACGCAAGUUCCGCUCCCUCGUCACCUCCAACCUCGGAGAGCUGGAAGCCGAAGACCAGAUCUGGGCUGCCAAGGAACUCGCAAAAAACUCGUGGAUCGACAGCGACCACAUCGGAAUCUGGGGCUGGUCAUAUGGCGGUUAUCUGUCAUCCAAGGUCGUCGAGGUUGGCGACCCAAUCAUCUCCUUCGCACUCAUCACCGCUCCCGUCAGCGACUGGCGUUUCUACGACUCCAUCUACACCGAGCGCUACAUGAAGACGCCCGACAUCAACCCUGACGGCUACAACCGCUCUCGCGUACACGACGCCACGGGCUUCAAGAAGAUUGCCGGCGGCGUCGUCAUCCAGCACGGUACCGGCGACGACAACGUGCACUUCCAGAACUCGGCUGCCUUGGUCGAUCUGCUCUACGUCAACCGCGUCACCCCCGACAAGCUGCAGAAUACCUUCUUCACAGAUAGCAAUCACAACAUCAACUUCCAUAACGGCGGCAAGUUCCUGUACCGGCAGCUGAGCAAGAAGCUGUUUGAGGAGAAGGCGCGCAAGGGCGAUUUGACGGGUUCCCAUCAGUGGAGUAAGAAGAGGGGCGUGCAGAAGCCGUGGACAGGCUAGGCUUGGACAAGCAAGUUUGUACUGAAAUGAAAUAAAAUGAAGAAUUAUUCAUGAACGAUGGAGAUGGGCGGUUAUGCUGUUGCAAGUCGUGAAUUUCAACUCUUUUCUCUACGUGACAACUCCCAUGCCCCCGACUCCACACUAGCGUCAUUGUACGCGGCUAACAGACAAAGAGCGACCAAGUCGCAAGCUGAGUGCAGCGUAUGUUUUGUGUCCUGUUUUACGAGCAAGCAAGUUUCCGACUACGCUACCA